UUCUCCCUCCUUUCUCGAGAAGAAACAGCAAUGGCGAAGUGGGAGGAUGUGGAGUCGAUCCUCCCCUACCUCCCCCUCAUUCUCCGCUCCUCCUCCUCCUCCUCGUCCUCCUCCUCCUCCUUCGCCCUAUUUUGGCCACCGAGGGCGCUCGAGUCCCUCAAAGCCCUAGCCCUCGGCCCCGACGUGAGCCGCGUCGCCUCUGGCGAGGUCCUCUUCGACGCCAUACUCGACCUCCGCGACUCCAUCGGCCUCUCCCAACACCCUCUUGCUCACGCCGCCGCCGAUGGAUUCGCCCUCUUCUUCGACGAGCUGAUGUCCAGAAUGGAUGCGAGGGUUUGGUUCGGAGAGAUUGUUCCGACUUUGGCGAGAUUAUUACUGCAGUUACCUUCUCUUUUGGAGGCUCAUUAUCAGAAAUCUGAUGAAGUAUUUGGUAAAGAAAAAGCUGGGCUUCGUGUAUUGGGCUCGCAAGAAGCAGGCAUUGUCUUUUUAAGUCAGGAAUUGAUAGGCGCUCUUCUCGCUUGUGCACUGUUUUGCCUGUUUCCUACCAGCAAUAGGGAUGCCAAACUUCUUCCGGCCAUCAAUUUUGACUACUUGUUUGCGAACCUGUACCCCAAUGCAAGACAGAGCCAAGAACAGAAAGUAAGAUGCCUAAUUCACUACUUUGAGAGGAUAAGUUUGUCCACACCUACAGGUUUUGUUUCAUUUGAGAGGAAAGUUAUUCCUCUUCAACGCAGUUCCUCUGGCAUUUCAUAUCCCGAGGCUGAUGAUUGGAGGAUAUCUAAAGCUUCGCUAUGCCAGUUCAAGGUGCUGUCUGCGGGCUUGAUAGAAGAUCAACAAGAUGAAGCUCUUGAGGUGGACUUUGCAAAUGAAUAUUUGGGAGGAGGCGCACUCCAUAGAGGCUGUGUGCAGGAAGAGAUCCGAUUCAUGAUCAAUCCAGAACUGAUUGCAGGCAUGCUAUUUAUGGCUUCCAUGCGAGAUAAUGAAGCUAUAGAAAUUGUUGGUGUUGAAAGGUUUUCACAGUAUAUGGGGUACAGUUCGUCCUUUCGUUUUGUGGGUGACUACAUAGAUAGGAAGCCAUUUGAUUUACUGGGUAGACGGAAAACAAGGAUUAUAGCUAUAGAUGCUUUGGACAGUCCAAGACUGGCACAGUAUAAAACUGAUUGUCUUCUAAGGGAGACAAACAAAGCUUUCUGUGGAUUUUUUGAUAGAUCGAAACAUCGCUGCUACCUCAAGCAUUUUCAGAUGGUGGAUUCAUGUCGAGAAUAUGCUCACGAGAGCAAUGCUGAUGCUUCUGUGGUUUGUAAAACAUCUCAAGAAAUGGAGAAUCAAGAUAAUUCUGAAAAUAGAUGCUCAAGUAAUUCAGACUUGACGGAGAAUAAUGAAGAAAGGUCUCAACAAAUCGAUUUGGAGAGUAUUGGGAUUGCAACCGGUAACUGGGGCUGUGGGGCAUUUGGCGGAGACCCUGAAAUGAAGAGCAUGAUUCAGUGGCUCGCUGCAUCUCAGGCACUUAGGCCCUUUAUCCAUUACUACACAUUUGGAGAAGCAUCAUUGGAGAGACUACAACAGGUGACUGAGUGGAUAUCCGGCCAUGGGUGGACGGUGUGUGAUCUGUGGAGCAUGCUGGUCGAGUACUCGACACAAAGGUUGAGACGCGAGACGAAUGUCGGUUUCUUCGCUUGGCUCCUACCAGCAUUGGUUGUUGGUGUCAAUCAAGAAAAAAGAGAUUCGUGCUCUCUCCUACUACUUAUAGAUGGGAAUCAAAGAUGUCGAAGCAGGAGGAUUAUGCAAAUCUGUUGGAAGGAGCUUCCAAAAAAGUGUGUGCUGUAAGCUACUUUGUUUUUUUCUGUCUUUUUUGUUUUAUUGUUCGAUAACAAAGAAGUUCUGCAUAUUGCAGUUUGCAGUGUAUUAUUAUGUACAGCAAUGCUUUCUCUUUUAUAAUGUCAAUAUGUGCUAUUUGUUAUUUUGAGAAUAAUGUGAUUCAUGGAGACUACUUUUGCA